CUGCUUCAAUCAGACAAUCCAUACUUUUUCAUGGCUUCUUCUUCAUCUUUAUCUUCUGGUCCAAUGAAGCAUCAAGUUUUCUUGGGCUUUAGAGGUGAAGACACGCGUCUUAGUUUCACCGGUCAUAUACUCCAAGCUUUGAAAGCCACGGGAAUGAAUAUCUUCGAUGAAGAGAAACUGGAAGAAGGGGAGCAACUUUCACAAGCAAUCGCAGCCUCGAGUCUCUCCUUAAUCGUUCUAUCUAAUGAUUACGCUUCUUCGAAAUCAUGCUUGGCUGAACUCUCUGACAUCAUGGACCGCAAGGACACUCGAGGACACAUUGAACAGCAUGAAUCGAAAGGGCUAGAUCAAGUAAAUCGAUGGAAAGCUGCCUUCUCUGGAGUCGGUAAAUUAAAAGGAUGGCAUAUAGAAGGAGGGAAAUUUGACAGGGGGCUGACUUUAUUGAAGGAAUAAAGUUAGACAUGAGUAAAAUUGGUAACCUACAGUUUCGUCCUACUGUUUUUGAGAAGAUGCAUAAUCUUAGAUAUAUUAACUUCUAUUUUCCUCCGUUUAG